AUGUUGGAGAGUGGAAUCAUUGUGCCUGCGAAGUCGCCAUACGGAGCUCCUGUAUUGUUUCAGAAAAAGGCCGAUGGUUCUUUUAUAAUGUGCUGUGACUAUCGAGCCUUGAACAAGAUUACUGUAAAGAAUAGCUAUCCUAUCCCACUAGUUGCUGAUUGCUUCGAUCGACUGAAUCGGAAGGACCCGGCUACCCAAUAUUUGGUCGAUCUCAUCAAGCAGGGUAAAACUCAACAGUUCUGGCUCGAUGGGGAACUAGUGAAGACAAAGGGAGACCGCCUAUAUGUUCCUAAGGGCGGAGAUUUGAGGAAAUCACUAAUUACAGAAUGUGAUGACACAAUUUGGGCAGGGCAUCCCGGAGAGGAACACACUUGUACACUACUGCAACGUGCAUACUACUGGCUUCAAAUGCGGGACGACAUUGUAACAUAUGUAAAAACCUAUCUUAUUUGUCAGCAAAAUAAGGAGGACGUAUCUAGAAAUGAGCCAAAGCGACCUGUGUUUGAACUAAAGAAAGCUGGAAAGAAGGUUGCUGAAACUAUUCUUAACCAUCGAAUCACUCGAGCUUCUAGAAAAGAUCAUCAGGAGUACUUGGUCAAAUGGAUGUGA